CUCACCUAGUAGGUUGUCUUACAAAAAUAUUAUACUUUUCAACGUCGAACGUGUCGGUUGUGUGUAUCGCAGACGUGUGUUUUCCUUGUGCGCUCGAUCACUAGUGAGGGUAUAGCAGCAAAUAACUUGAUCGACAACCUAAGUGCAAGAUUUCUCUAUCUACGUUCGCUUUGUAUAGUGAAAAAUCUGUGGACCUGUCUUAUCAACAAGUCACAGUGUUGGUGAAUAAUAAUAAAGUGCAUAGGUUUCCAGAGGCUGGUUUCGAAAUAUCGACUAAGCAAGCGGAGAGGCAGUGAAUCUAAUGGGAGUGAAGGAAAAUUUCAUAGGCUUGUUGCAAAUAGAAAGAAAACGGCAGCUGCCAAGAAUUCGCAACACAAAAAAGCAAGCAGAGCAGUAAAGUGGAAAGCAAGUGUGUACAACUAGUGCAAAUGCCGAAAGUACCGAUAUAUCAUCAGUGCGUAAUCUGUUUUGGGGAAAAGGUAUAAUUGCGAUAAUCAAUUUUGUGCAAAACCAUCCUAGGUGUGUUGUGGGGGUAAGAAGAAAAUAGAUAAAACGGAUUGUAGAAAAUUUUUGAAGGUCGCAUCUGUGACCAGUUGUAGCUCCAAAUAGCAAGCAGCUAAUCGCCGCAAAUCCGGCAAAACAAUGGCCCGGCUAACGGAAGAGAUGGUCAUUGCCAGGUCAAAACAGUCAGACCUGGCAGCAAUCAAAAAGCUGAACUGUUGGGGAAGUGAGCUGAGCGACGUUUCCAUCAUAAGACGUAUGCGUGGUGUUGAGGUGUUGGCUUUCAGCGUAAACCGAAUAAGCACUUUGGCAGAUUUUGAAAAUUGCUUAAAUCUACAGGAACUGUAUCUCAGGAAGAACAACAUUACUGACAUCGAUGAGCUAGUAUACCUGCAGAAUCUACCGAAACUUAAAUAUCUCUGGCUGGAAGAAAAUCCUGUUGUGGAAAGUGCCGGGCCAGGGUACCGACAAAUAGUUCUCCGAGCGUUGCCAAAUCUCAAAAAGCUAGAUAAUGUAGAUGUUACACCUGAAGAAGUUUCAGAAGCUAUGCGAACACCAGUAGCCCAACAUCACCCAAAACAAGAGGUAUAUGAAGACCCGCCACCUCCUACGUAUAGUCAACAACAGCAACCUCAACAGCAACCACAGCAGCAAUACCGAAAUCAGAGCCCAGUUGUCGAACAAUCACAAUCAACUACCCCAUCGUCCUCUGCGGCCAUGUUACCCCCACAGCAGAUGAGCCCGGAAAACACGGAAUCGGAAUGUAUCAGUGAUCCAGCAGAUCGUGGAUCCCUACCGUCGUCGCCGCUGCAGCGAAGUCCUCCGAACCGGGAUAGCUACUCCCCUGCACCACAUACCCAGCACUCAUCACACUACUCCAGCAAUCACCGCGGUUCCUAUCACCAAUACGAUAGAUCGCCUGGCUCAGACCAAGACAGUCCAGUUUCUGGUUACAGAGAUCGUGUUCCGAUUGCUCCCAGUAUGUCAACCCAUUCGAUGAAGGAAUAUUACCAGUCAGACUACCAGCGACAAAAUCCACCCACUCAUUAUCGACACAGCCAGUUGGAUCUAACGGAAUGGGAUGAAAGCAGUCAAAAUGCACAUCAAAUCAACAACAACAACGGUCACUCAUCAAAUCAUAUCAACAACUACCAACAGCAGCAAAGUCAACAGCCUCAACAGUACGCCCAAUCAAACUAUCCCUCGAACCGACGAAGCAUUGGUGCCAACAGCGAAAGGGAUUUGUAUCAAUAUCGCAAUGGCAACGCUAAAGGAUCUGAGCAGCGAGAUGAAUGGGAAGAUGUGGAGCGUCGAAGGAAUGAAAAUAGGCGGUCGGAUUCAAGAUUCAACGACAAUGCAAGUGUGAUAUCCAAUGCUGUCCUCAACCAUUUUGCUGGAGUUCAUCGAAGGCCUGUUAAUAGAAACUCUAACUUGUUGUCUGCAACCUUGUGUUUGGUUAAGGAACUGGACUAUCCCAGUCUAGAGGUAGUGGAACAUGCUGUACGAUGUCGCAUCGAUGAACUGGCCGAAUAGUUUUAUAUAUUAAGAUAGUUUUACCUUGCUGAAUGGCGUUCUAAUCGUUCUCGUCUCGUAUGCCGUCUCGAAGAUAUUAUGCAAACGUUAUUAUAAUGAAUUCUUAACACGUAUCUGUUCAGUUAUCUACUUCUUUGCACUGUAUUACUUAAGAUCCUCUUAUUGUUUGACUGCUUCAUAAGCUAAAAUGAAUCGAGAGUGAUCCAAACGAGAUGUAAAGCUUUCUAAGGCGAACAUUUGUAACAUUUUUCAGACAGGAAAAGAAGAACUUACAUGAUAUGUGAUUUAUAUUAAUUGAGAAAAGACUUAACCACAUGUUAGCAUGAUUGAUGAUGUACAUGAGAAAAAAUAGCAGAAUAGUAACAAAACAAAAUAAUUGUAUUCAAUAGUAAACAGCAAUGAACAAGAACACAAUAAUCUGCCAACUUUGUAAUAAAAUUCAACAAUAGAUUUAGCUGUUCCAAUAAUAAAACUAACUUAAUGUAAUUUUUCUAUUCGGUUGAACAAAAUGCAAGAUUUACGGUUAAUGUAUGAUCAAUUUAUGUUAAUGUAUGAUCAAUUUUGAUUCAGCGUUUUUGCGCCCUAUUUUACAUUAUCACGACUGUUAAGACACAUUCUCAAAUGCCUUCUUAUUUCACAACAAGAGCAGGAAAAUUUUCUUUGCGUUUUUGCAAUAUUUUGCAAGUAAACAGUCCAAUAUUCAGUACAAAUAGAAAAACAGAAGUCGUAAAACAACUUGAAGGGAUGAUUUAUUUUCAUGUCUUCUUCUUUAAAAUUGGCAUAGAGAGGUUUUAGCAGUGAAAUAAGGAAAAUAUUUUACAUUUAUUGUCGAGGUCAAAGGUGCCUAGUAAUCAUAACCAUGCAAUAUCGAAGGUUUGUGUUCAUGUUUGCUUUGAAAAGCCUUUGAAAUGCUUUUAACGUAAUCUGUUCCUCGAAAUAAACCAGUCAUUUGCAGUUUCGUCCAUUAUUCAAAUGAAAAUAAUGUUAAUCCUGAAUCGGGAUCACCAGAGGAAUACGGACGUUUUAAACGUUAACUAAUGUAAAGUAAGUAUGCAUAGUAGAUGCGAAUACAGUGUAGCAAAAGGAUUUAAUAAAUAACUACUAACAAA